AUGCUUUCUGCCAAUCUGCCAUUUACCAGAUGCGGCAAGCUCUGGCCGGAUGAUACUGACGCCUCCACUGGUUCCACGGCCAGUCGGAGUCCCAAACGGCGUCGUCGUCGACGCCACCUCGAUCCGUCAGCGGCGGAAGAGGCGAGUUCAGUGACCUCAGCCGCUUCCACCUCAUCAACAAAGUCCUGCCGAGUGGAGCCUCUAAUUAUGUGUCGAAGGAAUGACUGCCCAAAGGCCUACCACCUGCAGUGUCUGGAACUAGAAAAGAAACCUGUUGGUACGUUUGCUUGA